AUGGCACCCAAUGCUAAAGUUCUCUCGACUAAGCUUAUCUCUGUCCUUUCCAUCGGUGCACGAAUGGUGAAAGUCGGAUAUGUGGAUAAAACCGAUGCAUGGAACAGAGUAUAUCUCAGCCCAGAAAUUCAAGAGAAGUUCAAGGCAACUUCUGCGAAGGAACUGUCAUCGCUUAAACCGGAGACGGAUAUGGUUGCUCUUCAAGAGACCCCUCAUGCGAGUGAAUCUGACAAUCGCACCCAUUUUACUGCGGUGGAGAUCGAUGGAAAGGGAUCCGUCAUAGCAAAAAGGCAUUUUGCCGUGGAAUGA